AUGGAAUAUUACGAGCAUUCGAAAUUUGGGAUUGAUUGGGCUCCAUAUCAAACAAUGUUUCCGGGAGAAAGUAAAAGUGGCACAAUCAACCGAAUGACUGAAAUAGUCAUAUUCUUAAACCCACACUGGAAGGGUCUAGUUGCAGAGGAAAAGUGGAAGGGAAAUUGGGAUGUCUACAGAGACCACUUCAGCCAGAGUCUCGCCCACAAGAUAGAGAAGCUCAACUUCAUAGAUUUCAAGUUACGAGCUCUAUUGCUGUUCGUGUCAUCAGUUCGUGUCACUGAAGCCUUCAAAAAACAUCUGGAAGAGUAUCGAUGCAUUUGCCGAUACGAUGAGCAUAAGCAGAAUGCAUGGAUACAAUCGGAUUUCAAUGAGAUUUGUGUAGAAGGAGAACACCGAAAAGUUGCAAAGAAUGGGAAGAAGAAGGGGAAAAAGAAUGGGAAGAAUGGGAAAAUCCGGAAGAAUGAAGAGCAAGAGGACGAUGACGAUGAUGAUCCUAAUAUUUUAGACGUUGACGGAACAUCAAAUGCGAUGUUUCUUCAAAAAAUACGUCAUUAUGGAGGCGCUCGAUUUGAUGGUGUGGGGACUCGCGGGAUGCGACAAUUCGGAGCCACUUGGAAUGAUAUGAAAAACUUGGGACGGGACAAGAAAAUCUCGUUGGUCACACUUGCCGAAAUGAUGAUUUCGCUACUCGAAGAAUGGAAAAGAGAAUUGGAACUCUGA